GGGGAGCAAGCUAAACAGUAAAGAUAAGCUUCUGGUGGAGGUGCUAUUUUACUCUGGUGAUGAAAAAGAAACAGCUCACACAAGGAAUUGCCCUGAUGCUGUUCAAAGAAGUACGAAAAGCACUUGUAGGAUGGUACUCUCAUGGAUCCAGUAUCACCAAAGCACCCUCCAAAACAAGAAGGGGAUUACAAUGAAUGUCGUUCAGUGCCAUGGGUUCACUAAUGACAACAGUGAAAACGAUAAAGAUUAGUUUUAUGAGGGGCUGCAGUCGAUUGUGGAGAAACCCCUCGAAUAUGACCUGACCGUUCUGACAGGAGACCUAGAUAUCAAGAUUGGAAGGGACAAUAGUGAGUAUGAGGAUAUCAUGGGACGACAUGAAUUGGAAGAAAUUAACGAAAUAGUCAGGGAUUUGCAGUUAUGUACCUCCAACAAAAUAAUUAUAAAUGGCACCAUAUUUCCCCACAGACGCAUAUACUAAGCUACAUAGAUUUCAUUGGACGAUGCCACAGAGAACCAGAUUGAUCAAAUUCUCAUCAAUGAAAAGUUCGAAAGGUUCAUGGAAAACGUAAAAAUAAAGAAAGGAGCUAAUAUAGCUUCAGAUCACCACCUAGUGGUGAUCCGGAUGAAAAUAAAGCUGAUGAAGCGUUAGACAAUUAGGUGGGCAAAACCACGAAAGUUUAAUACAGCUUUCCGUCGAGAUAUUGACAAACCCAACGAGUUCAAGAUGGCUCUUAUCAACAGGUUCCAAGCCUUACAAAAUCUACUUAAAGAAGAGGAAACUAAUACGGCGAACAACUGGAAGGGGAUUAAGAAAGCACUUUAACGCAUGAGAAGGUUCUGGGUCACAAGAGAAAUCAUUAUAGGGAAUGGAUCUCUGUGGAAGCCCUGUGUGAGAUUCAAGAAAGGAAGAACACAAAGACGGCAAUUAACAAUAGCCAAACAAGAACGGGGAAUGUUAAGGCACAAGCUGAAUACACGGGAACUAACAAGCAAGUAAUGUGGAGCAUGAAAACCGACAAGCGGAAAUACGUGGAAGACCUAAUAGUGACAGUGGAAAAAGCUGCAAGAGAGGGGAAUAUGAAACAACUAUAUGACAACGAAGAGACUAGUAUGGAAAUAUAAUAAACCAGAGUGACCAGUCAUGAACAAAGAAGACAAACCAAUCACUGAGAUUCAAGAACAGCUGAACAGGUACGUAGAACGCUCUGAAGAAUUCUUGAGUAAAUUAGCCCCACUUACCCAUCGAAGAAGCACCUACAAAACUUCCCAUAGAUGUAACCGUAUCAGCAACUGAAGAAAUCGGGAUGGUUAUCAGACAAGUCAAGAAUGGCAAAGCAGCAAGACUAGACAGCAUACCAGCCGAAGCACUGAAGUCAGAUGUAGAGGUAACUACAAAAAUGUCCCAAAUUCUCUUCAAAAGCUGUGGAAAAAAGGACAAGUACCAAUAGACUGGAAUGGAUGAUACCUUAUCAAGAUGCUGAACAAAGGAAGUCUUUGUAAGUGUGAGAACUACGAUGGCAACACUGCUAUAAUUGCCAAGAAACGUUUUUAAGAGUGUUGUCAAACCAAAUGAAAGAUUCAGUAGAUCAUAAACUUGAGAACCAACAAUCUGGCUGUCGUAAGAGUCGAUGCUUUACUGACCAAAUCGCGACUCUGUGGAUCGUUGUUGAACAAUAAAUGAAAUAUAAUUCAUCACUAUACAUAAACUUUCUUGACUAUGAGGAAACAUUUGACAGUGUGGGUGGGAGGACCUUAUCGACCCUUCUUCGACAUUGUUUUAUGCAUAAAGUAUCAUAAUCAUGUGGAAUUCCUACAAUGAGCUACACUGCAAAAUCGUGUAUGAACGGCAGUUAACAGAUAUAUUUCAAGUGAAGACCAGUGUCAGACAAGGCUGCUUACUAUUUCCUUUUCUCUUUCUCCUGGUUAUUGACUAAUUUAUAAAGAUCAAAGCUCAAGGGAAGCAUGGAAUACAAUGAACAUCUUGGAUGUAACCUCCGCAACUGGCCUAGCUCUUCUAUCCCAUACACGGCAGGUGAAGACAACUAGUGUAGCACGAGCAUCUGCAGUAGUAGGUCUCAACAUUCACAAGGGAAAAAGCAAGAUACUAAAAUUCAACCAAAUCACUUAAUGGAGAAUCUCUGGAAGCAGUUAAAACUUACGUACCUGGGCUGUAUCAUCGGUAAAGGGGGUCUAAUGCAGAUGUGAAAGAAAGAAUCAGGAAAAAGGGCAGCAUUUCAUCGGUGUUUUGGAAUAUUAGAUUUCUAACUGGUGAUGCUCAUAGAUUUGUGCACAUGUACAUGUCUAGUCAGUACUACUAUGACAAGUAUGCAAAUUGUACUAAAGAAACUCAGUAUUAUUGUUUAUUAUGCUAAAGUUCUUAUUUCCUGUGUUUAUGAUAACAGCUUACUAAGAGAAUCUAACGAAUGGACCAGUUUGCCUAUUUCGACUGUCAUUUCAUAUAUCUCUUCAGAUGACUUGGAUGUACCUUCGGAACAAUUUGUAUGGGAUGCUUGUAUUAAUUGGGUCGACCAGUCUUCUGAAACACGAAUUGUCUACCUCCCUCAACUACUGUCACAUAUUCGUUUGAAAUAUUUGGAAAAAGAAAUGUUGGAAAUUCAAUUACAAGAAAAUCCUUUAAUUAUUGAAUGCAAAAUUGCUCAGAAUAUCAUCAGAUAUUUUCUUCACAACGCUUAUAACGGUGAUGAUAAUCCAUCAAUGUAUGUCAACAAUUUACCAGCUCGCCUAGCUACACUGAAACAUCCUACGUUAGUUGUUUUAGGUGGUCUCAAUACAUGCAUUUUAAAUUGUAUGCAGUCAUUUUCACCAUCUAGAACAGUAUGGCAUACUUGUCCUUCUAUGCCCGUGGAUAGUUUAGCGUGGUUCUCUGUGUCUGUCAUUGCAAAUACUCUAUAUGUUAUUGGUGGAAUUAAAGCCGGUACACUCAUGGAUUCAGUGUAUGCGUAUUCACCUGUUCGAUCUUCAUGGAGUCAACGCAAAUGUAUGCCGCAGGCGAGGGCUCGGCAUUUUUCUGUUUCUGUUGGUAGCCGGUACAUUUUUGUAUUCGGUGGUGUAACAAUGUCUAUAAACUCUAAUCAUCGACAUCAUUCAUCAGAUCGUGUAAUUAUGAAUCAUUUACAAGAAACUAACCCUUCGUCAAACAGGCGGAAUUAUGUUUCCUCGCGAUUGUCAGCAUUCAACCCAGUAACUGAAUUAGAUAUUCCUACAUUGAAUUUUGAAAAAUCCAUCAUUCGAUAUGAUAUCUGUAGCGAUACAUGGCUUAAUGUAGGAGAAACGGAUAAUCCAAGACUAGAGUCACAUGUAGUCUUGAUUAAUGAAUCGAAUGAGAAUGCAAGUUUCAAUCUACAACCAUCUGAUGGAAUUCAUGAGACGGAUAGUGAACAAACUUCAUUACGUUCAGAUUUAUCAGAUAACACAUCAGUUUCAGAAAAUAAUAUUACCAACAACAGUAAUGGUACUAAUCAAACCAAUAAAACCCGUCGAAGAAAUAAUUCUAUGAAUGUAAAUUUUGAACGUGUUUUUGUUGAAAUCGGUGGAAUAACUGAAACACAACCACAUGGUACGGAUCAGGUUGCUUUUUAUCGUUUACGUCCUGAUUAUACAGUAUUUUGCACCGCGGAUUACAUAAAACUCCCACAACAAGUUCGCUAUGUGAACUGUUGUGUGCAUCAAGAUACCAACCUGGUGUAUAUAUUUUGGGAAUCAACAAGUGAAUUGUCAGUUUUGGAUCUUCGUCGUCACACACUACGCUCACUAGCUCCCUUGGUUUCUUCCUCCACUUCAUCUCCAAACGAAGCGCGAAUAUAUGCUGGGUUAUCGUGGGUCGGAGAGCAUUUAUAUGUGGUUGGAGGAUUUAGUGAGUUUGUUGGUGAUGAUCGACGUCCUACUGUUCCACGAGAUGAUGUCCACUGUUAUGAUCCGACGACGAACACAUGGUCCUGCAUUAAAGUUCUAAAUACAACAGUCCCUCGAGCUAUCUUCGGUUGUGUUUGUCUCAAUAUGUGAUACACCAAUAUUAGGGUUGUACGAACUUCCAUAUCCUAUAUAUAUAUCAUAACAAGAAAUAUGUUUAUUUGCAUACCUAUUACUAUUUUAAUGUGAUACUUCCUAAUCGUAGGACCUAAAUAUAAGGAUAUUUUCUGUUCACUUAUUUUCAUUUGUGAUUUUUCUUCCUUUGAAUUUUAACUGUGUCCAUAAUGCGACGACAUAUAUUUGCUCUUUAACUUGCCAAAUUAUUUCCUCAUUUUAAUUGUCCCGCUGGUUCGGGUCGUACAUUUCUUCUAUGAGAUAUCACUUAGGUAUUAUUAUCAUCAGAGUGUUAUCCAUAAAAAUGCAUUUAUACUGUUGUCAAGUUA